AAUUUUCAUCGUGCCUUGCACACACACAUAAUACAAGACUCUUUAUAUUGCUCAAGUUGAUCUCGGAUUACCCGCGUAUGCGAACUUCCGACCAGCGCUCCGGAUCCUGAUCGAGGCUGCCUGACCAGCCUCCACCCAACUAUGUGGAACGACGAAGAUAACAACCCAUACGGCGCAUUCGACAGCGAGGCGCGGCUGUCAGAGUCCCUGCACUCAACUACCAUCGAAUCUCCUUUCAAUCACGAUUACCCCCCUCCACCAUCCAGCCACUCAUCCAACCCCGACAUUUCCGACUUCUCACAGCACCCAGAAGCAAGCGAUGACGAUGAAGGAGACUAUGUCGGCCAGGCAAACCGCGCUGGGUACUCCCACAAGAGUGUAUACGAUAGCCGGAUCGAGCAGCUGCUUUACGAGAACCCGGACAUGCCGAUUCUCAUCACCGACGCCGGGAAGAACCACGAGGGCGGCGGGAGCUUUAUUGUGUACACAAUACGCACUGGGGAUCUAGAGGUUCGGCGACGCUACUCUGAAUUCGCUUCGUUGCGGCAGACGCUCGUGAGCCUCCAUCCAACUCUCAUUGUUCCGCCCAUUCCGGAGAAACACUCGAUGGCCGAUUAUGCCGCGAAACCCACAAAGGCGAAAGAGGAUGCGGGCAUUAUCGACCUGCGGAAGCGGAUGCUAGCGGUUUUCUUGAAUCGGUGUCGGAGAAUGAAGGAGAUUCGCGAGGAUGGCGUUUGGUGGAGGUUCUUAGACCCGAAUGUUAGCUGGAGUGAGGUUUUACAUUCCCACCCUGCGUCUUCGGUGCCCAAGAAUAAUCUCAAGGCGCCUCCCCUUGACCCUGCGAAUCCCACACCUGCUCAUGCUUGGCUGCCGGUCCCGUCUGCCUCUGCAAAAUUGAAGAGCACGUCAGGCACGUCCUCCUCUCCAAAUGCGGAGGCUCCAGGUCCAGAAAUCCUAGGUCGCUUCCCGCCCGAGUCGCGGAAGCUGAGCGAGAAGGACCUGGACCCAUACUUUAUCAACUUUGAGGCCUCUACUCGAGAAUUGGAACUUCUCCUGCAAGGUAAUAUGGAAAAAGUGAAUCGAAGGACACUUGCACAUUUGUCCGGACUGUCUGCAGACCUGAUGGAGCUGGGAGCGCGGUACAAUGGAUUCUCGUUGUCAGAACAGUCCCCAACUGUGGCCACUGCAAUUGAGCGGGUUGGACAAGCGGCGGACACAUCUUACAUCGAGACGGAAGAGCUGUCACUUGCGCUGGGCGCGAACUUUGCGGAGCCCAUGAGGGAGAGUGCUCAGUUCGCCAGUGUGGUUCGCAGCGUUCUACGAUACCGGGUGCUUAAGAGGGUGCAGGAGGAUAUGACGAGAGACGAACUGAGCAAGAAGAAGAGUCUACUGGAGUCUCUGGAGAGGAGUGAGCAGGAGGCGAAGCGUAUUGAACAAUACCUCAACCGUACCUCACCACAGGCUCCGACAAAACAACGCUCCCUUUCCACGUCGUCGGCCACUAGUAGCCAGGGGGGCACUGACGAGUCGCGGCCAAGUGGCGAGGAGACUGCGUCUAUUGAUUCUGACUUCCCCCCGACGCAUGCAGAGCACGUUUCACAGCGAUACCCCGAGUCAGGACAGACGUCACCACCCGCACACCGUAAGACAUCGAGUGGAACGUUUGUUGCAAACAAGAUUUUCGGGCGCAUCAGUCACGCGGUCCAUGGAUUCGUGGAUGUCGAUCCCGAGCGGACACGACGGGACCACAUUGGCAAAACUAAAGAAAGCUUGGUCCAGCUGGAGCAAGCACUGGGGGUUUCGGAGAAGGACGUCAAGGACGCCAGCGCAGGAGUCCUGCAGGACCUGAAGCGGUUCCAGAAGGAUAAGGAGGCGGAUCUUCGGCGGUACAUGGUCGCCUACGCGCGGUGCCACCUCAACUGGGCGCGCAAGAACCUGGAGACGUGGACCGAGGCCAAGGACGAGGUGGAUAAAAUCGAGGCUCGGUAAUGUACUCGUCUGCAAUAUCUUGAUGCUUCUGACUGUACUGCACUCGGCGUUGGUGGACGAUCCGGUAUCGAGUUAUUUUUUUAUUUGAAAUACCAUGCCCAUCAUGAGAAUUGUUUAGAUCUACAUUUAAUUUAUAUGAUCUGUAUCCUGUGU